AUGGUAGAUGUAGGGUGGAGGGUGAGAGGCAGUAUUUCAGGAGAUGUGACAAGGGUGGUGCUGCUCGUCGCCAUGACCAAGAAGACGUGUCUCCCGGGAAGCAAAUGGGACAACCUUGUCAACGAUUGUGUUUCCAGCAGCCUAGAGACCAGACCUCAACCUCCCACGCCAACAGACGUCCACUCUGACCCGCUGACGGCUCUGAGUCCGGUCCUGUGGGUGGUGCUGAUGUUCACCACCCUGGCCUUCGUCUUGGCUCUGCUCGUCUGCUUUGUGAUGGACAGACGACAGAGCAGACUACACACGACCUCAGAGCAAACAGAAGCUGAAGCACAGACCUCAACCUCCAAGACCUCAACCUCCAAGACCUCACCCUCCAAGACCUCACCCUCCAAGACCUCACCCUCCAAGAGCAGCACUGCUGCUGCCUGCGCCCACCAUCCUCAUUCUCAUCUUCAUCACCAGGAGUUGCGUGACGGACUCCACCAUUGUGGCUGUGCAGGGUGGGGCCAACCAGCCCGGGAGGAAGAAGGUGUGUUGGUGUGCUGGCCGGCCAGGGAGCACAGAGUUCCACUUCCUGCCACGGAGCUGGGGGACACCGCCUUGGUGACCACCAAGACUGUGUAG